AUGCUGAGUAAUGGUUACAUUGCUCGUUAUAAUACAAAGGCUAAUGUUUUUUUUAACCGGACGCGAGAACUCAGAUAUUUCAGAAAUGCAUUUAGUAAUGAGCAACCUCGACUUCAUGUUAUUCUAGGACCUCCUAGUACUGGAAAAACUGCCUUAAUCCGUGAGAUAACUACUAAAAAUGAAAACUUCAGCCCUCUUUUUAUUAACUGCCGUAACGGGCAGUUUGACUCUCCAGAGAAUGUAUAUAAUUCUCUUUCCAUCCAAUUCAAAACACUUGCCGAUAAACAAAUGAAAUACCUGGAGAAAUUGCCAAAUGAGCUGGAGAUCAAGGAUAAGAUUCUUGAUUUUGUCAAUUUUGUUGCUGAAAAAGGAAAGGAAAAAAUUACCUCUGAUAGGGUCAGUGAAUUGCUUAGUAAGAUUGUUGGUACUCUUCGGAUUGGAACUUUUGGAAUGAUUGAAAGUCAAUUGCAAAUUCCACAUGUAACUCCAUAUGUUGUUGGAGAUUUGAGUAUAGGAGAAGCUGAAGAUUAUUUUGAAAAGCAUGUUCUUCCUCAACAUGGAUGUGAAGAACUCAAAGGCAAAUUUGACCAUGUCAGAAGGAUAACGGGUACACGUAUGCUCAUCAUUAAUAUGUAUGUUAGUGAAUACAAAAAUAAUGGAGGGAAACUUGAAUAUGAUGAAUUUUCAGUUUUCAGGCAAGAAGAUGAUAAGUUACGAACUGGUCUUGAUCCUUUUGGUUUUCCAGGCGAGCCUAUUGACCCACUCUGGGAUCGAAAUGAUUUAAUCAAAGUUAUGAAAAAAAUUGUGGAGGCGGAGAAUAAAGGAUUUGUCUUAGAACGGGAUCUGAUUGAAGAAAUUGGAAUAAGAAAACUUCAUUCACUUGUUUAUAAUAAUUUUUUACACCGUCGACAAACCAAUAUGUUUGCCAAUGACAUUAACGCACCAAAUGAAGUAAUUUUGACUGCGAUGAAUCAGCCGUCAUUGCGUGCUAUGGAGCGUCUUCUAAAGAUUCUUGCAUAG